AAUCAAAGAAGAAAAAAUAAACGAAUAUUUAAUGUUUACAAUAAUUGAAAAAGCGAGACAACCUUUUAUUCAACAAUCGAUUCAACAACCAAUUUUAUUUCCUCAACAACCAAUUUUUCAACAACCACCAAUUGAUGAUAAAAAUGAAUUAUAUAAUCUUGGAAAACAGAAAUUAUAUGAAAAAAUAUUUAAUAAAAUUGAAAGAGAAGAAAAGAUUUCUGAUUUAAUUGAAAAUAAUAAAAUUGACAGGUUGAUAAAAGAUUCAGAUUUAAUAUAUCAACAAAAAACAAUUUUACAAAAUAAUCGAAAUAGACGAUUAAAUUUAUUACAA